CUGAUAAAACCUAACCUAAUGAAAAUUAAAUGUACAAUUUAUUUAGUAAUCUACACUUGUAACUGGGAUUUUUGUUUAGAAUAGUAGCAUGUUUAUUUAAUUAUCUUGGUGUUAAAUGUAAUAUAAACAAUUUUGUAACAGAAAUUAAAAAUGAAAGCUUAUAGGCGUGUGUGUAACUAUGCAACAGCAGCAGUAAAACAAGAAGCACAGUAUCAGAUUCCAACAGCAUCCCGUACUGACAAGAAAAAUCCGGUUUGUAUAUUCCCUACAAUUAAUGAAAUUUGGUUGAUUUUGGAAAUAAUAAAUAAAAUGUACAUUUUUAGGCGGAUCAUGACAGUCAUGAUUUAUCAAAAUUUUACACCAUAGAUGCAAAAACAGUUAGUAGUAUAUUUUAUACUGGUGGUUUACCAAAGCCUUUCGUUGAACAAACCACGGUUUUUGCUGAAACUGCAUUAAUGGUACGAAAUCCAGCAUUAGAAAUUAUACAUAGCCUCAAAUCGGCUGAUUAUCAUAAACCAGCUCGCCGCUACUUGCUAUGUAUCCUUUGAGUACUAUAUCAUAGUUCAUAUAAUCUAAAAAUGAAAUUUAUGCGUACAUAUUAUUAAAAUUAAUAUAUUCCUUAGUUUACUAUUCAGAUGGUCAGACUGGUAGUGGUAAAUCACUCAGUCUUGCACACAUACUUCAUUAUGCUUACAGUUCCAAGUUUAUUUUAUAUCAUAUCCCCUAUGGUAAAAUUAUAAUUUAUAAUUUACAGUAAUUGUUGAUAUUUUUUUAAAAAAUUGUUUGUUUUAGUACCAAUAUGGCUUAAAUAUGGCCGCAAAGAAGUCAACUGGUCACCUACAAAAAAUGGUUUAGCUGAUGUACCUUUAAUAGCAGCACAAUGGCUAAAACAUUUCAAACAUCAAAAUGGUGCUUUAUUAGAUGAACUCAAUGUAAUUAAUUUUUAGAAAAAUAUGAUCAUAUUGUAGUUAUAAAUAUAUAUAUAUAUAUAUAUUAUUAUAGUUCAAAUAUACAUUAUAACUAUUAUUAUUUGUAUUUUAAGCUUACAACAAGUCAAGAUUAUAUUUGGAGUAUACGGGAAACUACACCUAAAGGAACUACAUUAAACGAAUUCAUUUCGCAUGGCAUAAAUAGAGCCAAGUUUGCAUGUGACUGUAUGGAUUAUCUACUAAAUGAAUUAAAAGCACAUUGUUCAAAUAAUAAGUAAGUCUAGCCUAAUAAACUAUUGCUUUAGUUCUUCUUAAAUAUAAUAGCAACUAUUAAAUGCUGUGGCAGUAAAUUUAAAAAAAUUAUUAUUGUAAUUGUGACCACACUCAUUUGUUUUGUAUAACUUAGCAAAUUUGUAUUCAGCAAAACCAACUUUGUGCCGUUUGGUUUAAUAUAGGUAAGAGUAAGUUGAUCUAUUGUCAAACUUAACAGUAAGAAUAUUAUCUGUAUUUGUAGUUUUCUAAGUAUAUUCAUUUUUUUUCAAUAUUUUAAUUUUUAAGUGAGGUAUAAUUGAAAAUUCAUGUAUCUUGUCUGAAAAUUAAAAUAUUAAACAAAAAAUAAACUUAUAAACAUAGAUAAUAUUCUUAUUUUAGAUUUUGAGUGUAACAAAAAGUGUAUUGGUUUUACUAAAAUGUUUAUUUUUUUUUUUUAUACUCUGUACAAAAAUUCUACCAACAAAAAUCUGGCUCCGAUAUAUACGCGUGGCACCACUUCUUAAAUAUUGUCCAGGUGGUACUUUUGGGAGGACAUUUUUUUUGAUUUUCCAAGCGGUUUUCAUCUAGAAAAAACAUAAGAAAAACAGGAAAUUUAUGAAAUGAUACUUUUAUUAUUUUAUAAUUUUGUUAUUUGUUGUAAUUCAGUUAAAAAUAUUCAUACAGUCUUGAAAUUUGGACAGGAAAUUAAUAUCUGCCUCUUCUAGACGUGGCAAAAUUUUCAACAAAUUUAAGUCAUUUUUGAGCUAUUUAUAGACAUUUUAACUUUGCAAGUUUUGUAUGCAAUUUGUAUUCGGUAGGUACUCUGUGGUAAGAUUGUUUGAAAUGCUUGAAAGUUAAACACGAGGUUCAUGAUGAGUCUUACUUUGCGGUAAAAAAAAUUUGAGUUUAAUGUAGUAUUUUUUUUUAAUAAAGGAAUUACUAUUUCUAACAAAUCUAAUUUUUCAAUUUUUUUUUUCCAAACAUAUGUAUAUUAUGUAUCGUUACUUACAGAAAUACAUUAAAUUACUUAUAAAAGUGGUUGCACUCGUUUCCUUUUUCCUAGAACAACUUUUUAAGUUAAAUACUAAGUCAAUAUACUUAAAUAUUUAAAUAGCACAAAAAUGGAAUAGAAAUAUUGUAUUACAAAUAGUUCUUUGUUUAUUAUGAUUNUGUUUGAAAUGCUUGAAAAUUAAACACGAGGUUCAUGAUGAGUCUUACUUUGCGUUAAAAAAAAUUUGAGUUUAAUGUAGUUUUUUUUUUAAUAAAAGAAUUACUAUUUCUAACAAAUCUAAUUUUUCAAUUUUUUUUUUUCCAUACAUGUAUAUUAUGUAUCGUUACUUACAGAAAUACAUUAAAUUACUUAUAAAAGUGGCUGCACCCGUUUCCUUUUUCCUAGAACGUCUUUUUAAGUUAAAUACUAAGUCAAUGUACUUCAAUAUUUAAAUAGCACAAAAAAUGGAAUAGAAAUAUUGUAUUACAAAUAGUUCUUUGUUUAUUAUGAUUAAUUUAACUUUUAAGUAUUAUNUAAUAAUAAAAAAGUAAUUCUGCUGAAUGAAAAUUUGUUUUUUACGUGCUUAUAAAUCAAGAACAACUAAUUAGUGUGUUAGAUGUCUUUUUAAUACACAUAUUUUCAAAAAAUCAACUGAACAAUUGUACAAAAUCCAAGCAUAUAGACUUGUAUUAUGAAUUACUUUUAGAAUUUUUUAUAGUUAGACAAUUAUACGCAAUGUCUUCACAGUUUUUAAAUUUUUUUAUUUAUAGUUGUGGUAAUUAAAGUGUAAUGUAAUGUAGUUAACUAUGAUAAAUUAGUCAAACGUUGAUUCAAACUUUUGAGAUGAAACCUAACCACCACGUAUAUAGUUUAUAUUAUUUUGAUAAACUGUGUAUAUACCUCAUUAAUCAUUAAUAUAACUUCAAUAGUAAAAUUAUGUAUUUUUUUUAUAUAUAUAUAUGAUUGGAAAAAUUAAAACUAAAUAAAUGUUUUAGUAAAAAUGUCUAAAACUCAUUGCAAAACCUUAUUUUUCAUAAAAUCUUGAAUAUUUAUAAAUUAUUAAAUUAUAGCUAAAAAGAUAAUGAACAAAUAUCAUUAAGGUAAAAAUAAGGACUGAAUAAUUCUGACAGGCCAAGAAUUAAAACUUAUACUUUUAAGUUAACAGAAUAUUAUAAUCUUAAUAUAGAUACAAUGAUAUAUUUAAUUAUUUAUUAUUUAUUGAUUGUUACAAAUGAAAAGUAUAAACAUAUCUUUUUUUAAUGUGUGUUAAUUUUCAAAAUUUUCAAUUUUGAUUUAAUACUAUGGUUGGCUGAUUAAUAAAUAAAUGCAGGCUGUAGUUACUCAACACUGCUGUAAACUAUAUUAAUUAACCAUAACACAUACAAUAAAAUACUGUUUUUAAUAUGUUUAUAUGUAAAAUUUUAGAUGCAAAAUGUUAGUAGCAAUAGAUGGGUUUAAUGCAUUCUUUAAUGAGAAAACAGAUUUGAAAACGGAGGAUAGAGUUAAAGUUACUCCUCAACAAGUUAGCAUGGUCCAAACAGGGUUAUCAGCUGUUCUUUCUGACUGGGUAAUAUAAUAAAAUUAACAUUUAAUAUUUGUAAUGUAUUAACUAUUUUAUUAACUUAUAAUAGAAUAAUGGUGCAAUAGUUAUGGUUACAUCACCUAGAGCAGCUUUAAAUACAAGAAGGGAGUCUCAUUUGCCUAUUUACCUAAUUGGACGACAAGUAAAACAAUAUUUUAUUUUUAUUAAAUUUAUUAACUAUUAUUUAUUUUUGUAAAAAACAUCUUUCAAUGGUCAUUCAAAUAUUAUUAUUUUAAUAAUAAGUUUCAAAUUUUGUAUCUUUUGCAAGUAUUAAAUUUGUUUAGUUUUUUGUUUUCUAAAUGAAUAUUAAAAACAUGACAAUAUUGUUAACAGUUUUUAUUCUCAUUUGAAUUAAAUUAUAAAAAAAAAAAAAAAAAAAAUUAACAUUGCAAUUACUAGAAAAUGUUUAUUUCUGUAUAUACUCUUAGGUUAUCCAUAUGUUUUUGAAAAUCAAUUAAAAUAAUUUUUAGUUCUCCAAUUUACAUUAUUUUAUUAAAAUUAUAAAUUUGUUUUAUUUCUCAUUACUUUUGUGUAUUAUCUUAACCGUAUUUAAAUUAGUUUUUAACAUAUAUUUUUUUUAGGGAUUUGAACACAUUGAUCCAUUCAUUCCAGUAUUGGUUCCUGAGCUGUCUACAAUAGAAUUUAAUAAUAUGUUAGAUUAUUAUGAAGAAAAAAGAUGGCUACAAAAACCAGGUGGGAGAAAGGAAUUAGAAUUCUUGACUUCCAAACUACCAGCUGAUUUAAUGCUACGAUGUGCUUCCCUCUAAUAAUGCAAGUGUUCUUUAUUUCUUGAGACUGUAAAAAGUAGAAUCAAUUUGUCUAUGUAAUCUAUUCCCUAAAGAAAAUGUAGUUAUAUCUAAUUAACUAUUAAAAUAUGUUCAAAUUAAAAAAAAUUCUUGUAAUUUCUUCAAUGAUAUUAUGAUAUUACAAAGAGCAAGAUUAUUUUAUCUAAUAUAAUAAUAAUCAAAAUAUUUUAAAUCAAUAAAUGAGAGUAUAAUUAAAGUAAUAACAUACUUUUACUGAUAUUGAUAGUAACAAUAUCAAUUUAAUAAUGUUUGUUAUGAUUUACUCACAAGCACU